AUGAGUAACGACGUAUCGGAAGAAGUAAAGAGUGAAGUGAUCAAUUCUUCUCCGAGUACGAGUGAAGCAUGUAAAGAAGAAAGCUCUGAGGUGUUAGAGGAGAAAACGAAAGACGAGCCUUUGCAUAUUAACAUUGCCACUUCUAAAGGGCAAUCGAGGAAAAGGUUAAGAACGUAGGUUGUUUUUCUUUUAUCUUUUGGCUUUAGGUCGAUAAAUGGUUCAAAGGUUGCUUAAAAAUGACGUAAUAGUACUAACAGUCUGCCAUAUAAGUUCUUUAUAGAAAUUACGUGAUAUUUUAAAAGUUGAAAGAAAUUUAAUUUUUGAAAGUGUAUAUCUACAAAAAUGGGAUCUUUAUUUAGUUAACGUAUCUAAAAUUCAUUUCAUUGUUAUAUAAUAAAAUUACAGGAAGGGUUUAAAUGCUAUAGCACUGCCAGAAGCAGCACAAGAUGCUCAGAAGAAGGAGAAAGAACGUUUGGAAAGGCUGGAAAAGCUACGACAAGGUGCUCCUACAGCUGAAAGUUAUCAACCGGUAAUGCAAGUUGCGACUGAUGAAGAGAGUGACGAUUGUCUUAUUGAUUGUGUUAUACCAAAGAAGAAACAACAAGUAGAAAUUGUAGAUUUAAGUUCGGAUGAAGAAGAGUUUCAGAAGAAUGGAUCGAUGCAAUCAAAAAUGUACAGAGUUGUAAGUUUUUGUGGUUUUUAUGUAGAUAUGGGUAUAGUAUAAUCUUUUUGACUUAGAACAGCGUUAAAGGGUUUUCUGAAGCUAUUAUUGUUUUCCAUGAUACAAUUCAUCUUUUAUCACAUGUUAAUAUCAAAUUUACAACCUAAAUUUUCAGCAUCAAGAAGAACAGGCUCGAACAAGGAGAUUAAGGAGGAAAUCUGGUACAUUGGACAAGUUAGAAUACACAAAAGAAGGUCUUUUACUGGUUAAUGAAGGAAAACCAGCUGGAGAUCCGGAUGUUUUUGUAGCCGCUCAUCUUACAAAGAUUCUACAGCCACAUCAACUUGGAGGAGUUCGAUUUAUGUACGAUAAUAUCAUAGAAUCGAUAAAGAACUACGAUCCUAACAACGGAUUCGGGUGUAUCUUGGCUCACAGUAUGGGAUUGGGAAAGACUUUACAGGUAAUUUUUUGAAAGGUUUUUUCAAUUAUUAAUUCGUUUUAAUCUAAAAUACGUUUUGUAAAAUACGGUUUGGUUAUUUAUUCAGUUUUAAUAACAAAAAUAUUUUAGGUAAUAACCUUUGUCGACAUCUUCUUUCGAGUCACAAAACGGAAGAAAGCUUUAAUUAUCUGCCCGGUUAACGUACUUCAAAACUGGUAUAACGAGUUUGAUAAGUGGUUGCCAAUGGACGAAGGAAAACGUCAAUUUAGUGUAUUUAUCGUGGGAGAUGCGGCAAAGACGAUAGAUCAACGUUAUCGAGUGAUAAGUCAAUGGGACAAACAAGGAGGGGUUAUCUUGGUUGGGUAUGAAAUGUUCAAGUUGUUAACACAGCCAAAGAAGAAUGAGAAUUCAUCAAUGUACGAGUAUACCCAACAGGAAAAGAUGAAUGAAUGUGAGUUUACUUUUUAUAUUAUAAUUGAUUUAUUAAUUCUUAGCUAAUGUUAUCGUAAAAUUUCAAAAAUUGGAAAUAAAAUUUGUUUAGUAUGUGAACGUGCCUUGGUGGACCCAGGACCAGACCUCGUCAUUUGUGAUGAAGGUCAUCGUAUCAAGAAUUUGAAAACAGCAUGUGCAGCAGCUUUAAACCGCAUAAAAACGAAAAGAAGAGUUGUCCUAACCGGGUAUCCACUUCAGAACAAUCUGAUGGAGUAUUACUGUAUGGUUGACUUUGUCAGACCAUCGUAUCUUGGAGAUCGCAAGAAUUUUUCUCAAAACUUUGACAAACCUAUCAAGAAUGGCUCUUGCAUUGACUCUACACCUUACGAAAGGAAAGAAGCUCGAAAACGGACUCACGUGCUGAUUCAGCAGCUAAAAGGUUUUGUCCAAAGGAGAACUCAGCAUAUCUUGAAGAAAAUCCUGCCAGAAAGCCGAGAAUACGUGGUAAUGCUACGAAAGACCGAUAUCCAAAAGAGUUUGUACAAAAAGUUCUUGUUGUUUGUUAAAUCUCAACUCGACGUUAAGGAUUCUUGCUUCUACAAUCCAUUAAAAGCAUAUGCUAUUUGUUCUAAAAUAUGGAAUCAUCCAGAUCUUCUUCACGAUGCAUGGAAAGAACAGCUGGCGUUGGCUACGAAUGAACCAAAGCCUGCACCACAGACACCGUUCUAUUCAGAACCCUCAACUUCAUACGAUCCAAAUAGCUUUGGAAGUAUGAUAACAAAGUUUACUGAUGUACCAUUUGAGUCUGGAGCUCCUGGAAAGAAGUCGAGGAAGAAGAAAAAGGCUGUCAGCAGUAUUGACGACGAUGACAAUUCUAUUCCUUACUACUGGGUAUGUUUAGGAGUGUUUUUAAUGUUUUAGAGGUUUCUUAUAAUGUUAAAAUGUGAUAGAAAUAUAGUAUUUGGAUUGGUUUGGAUACUAAAGAUAUUGAUUUAGAAGCAUAUUGAACAUUUUAUAAGAUAACUUAAAUUUUCAGGCAGAUGACGUUAUGGCAUCGUACGACGAGCACAAAAUAAUCAAUAGCUACAAAAUGUUGAUAGCCUUGACGAUUAUUGAGUCUACAGUAAUACGAGGCGAAAAGAUCUUGCUAUUCAGUGGCAGUUUGAAGACGUUAUCGUUGAUAGAAGAGUUUCUCAAGAUGAGAGGAGAUGUAUCAACAGUUCAUGGCAACAGACCCUGGAAAAGAAAUGAAACUUACUUCAGAUUUGAUGGUUCAACUUCAAGCACAGACCGUGAGAAACUUAUCGACCGGUUCAACAGUGAUCCAGGAGUACAUUUAUUUUUAAUAUCGACGAAAGCUGGCUCUCUGGGUGUUAACCUUGUCUCAGCGACGAGAGUUAUCAUUUUCGAUGCUUCGUGGAAUCCAUGUCACGAUGCACAAGCAGUGUGUCGAAUCUACAGGUAUGGACAACAGAAGAAGACCUUCAUCUAUCGAUUGGUCACACACAACUCAAUGGAGCGGGCUAUUUUUGCUAGACAGAUAUCUAAAAAUGGGUUGCAACGUAAGUUAUUGAUAAACAGGCCUAUAUGCAUAGGAUUUUUAAAUUAUCAGUAAUAGAAGGUUUUGAUUUUUUGUCUAAAAUAAUGUUAACAAUGACUGUUUUGUUAAAAUAAAUAUUUUUAUUUCAGAAAGAGUUGUGGAUGAACAACAUAUUGAUGCCAAAGUGACAACGAAGGAGUUAGAGAACCUAAUAGCGUACGAUGAAUCGUUGGACUUUGAUUCAGAACAUAAAGAUGUUGCUACGUGGAAAGAAAAGAUUGACGAUGAUUUACUACGUGAUAUUGCCAUGUUUGACUCAAAAAUCUUUGCUGAGGUAGGAUAAUAUUCUUUAAGAACCAUAUUUUGUAAUUAUCAAUUUUGUAGUGAUUUCAUUUUGUUAGCAUUAUUUGCUUUUGAAUUUACUGAUUUGUAGUGUAACUUUUGUUUUUUUACAACUUUACAUUUAUAGAUAUUACAUAUUUGAGCAAAUCUUUAUAAUUUCAUGUUUUAGUGCCCAUUCCUACACGACUCAUUAUUGUUGGAAGGUGAAGAAGCUUUAAGCCCAGAAGAACGAUUAGAAGCUGAAAUGCUAUACGAAAAGGAAAGAGCCAAGUUCAACAGUCAAGGAUCCUCGAAGAACGAUGGAUUGAACAGAAUUCCAACUUAUCUACCAAGCAUGUACAAUCAAUCCAUGCCCUUUAUGGGACAACGACCAAUCACUGUGGGCCAAAUGAUUAAUAACAUGAAUUACAACAACCAACCGUUUAACCCACAGCAAAGAUUCGAGUAAAUUUUUAACUUUUUAAUUUUGGGUAUUUAGUGUAAUAUUAGGUUGUUCAAAUAAUUCUGUGCCUUAUCUUAAAGCAAAUUUUUGGGAUUAGGGACACAGGAUUAUUUGAAUACCCUAAUAUAAUUUUUCCAUCUUCGCAGUUUAUUUUUUGUCAAACAAUGGAGAUAGCUGUGAGCUUCGUGCUAGUCUAAUAUAAUCUCAACUUAUGUUUUCAAUUCAAAAGUAUCAAAUUUUAAAGUCUUUUUAAAAAUAACAUUUUCUACUUAAUUUCUAUAAUUUUUAAUUUUCAGUAUGCCACGAUACACUGCAGCACCGCCUGGCCCUAUGUCUCGUGAUUUGAUGAUGAACUCUGACUCGAAUGCUCAAUACCCAUACAACAAUCAGUACCGACCACCUUACCCCAAAUACAAUAACAUGCCAGGAUCACCACAACAACCAAAUACAGUACCUUUCUUCAAUAACAGUUACAAUGGCAAUCAGAGCGCUUACAGUAGUAGUGGAAGCCAGAAUUCAUUCAAUGGCAAUGGUAACCAGAGUUCUUACAAUGGUAAUCAGAAUUCGUACAGUAAUAACGGAAUGAAUGGCAUGCCUGUUGGUGAGUACAAUGGAUCAUCAGUGAAUGACUACAAUAAUACGCAUAAUAAUGGUUACAAUUCGACAUCGAAUGACGGUUAUAAUGGCACGCCUACUACCAACUACAGUAAUGGUAAUAACUACGUGCAGAAUGGCGCACAAAAUGAAUAUGCUAAUGUGGUAAAUUCUGAUGGUGGUCAGAAUAGUAAUGGAGGUAUGGACUACGGUAAUAAUGGAGAUACGAACAGUGGUGACGGAGUUACAGGUUUGAACGGUAAUGGUACAGGAGGUCAAAGACAACAUAAUGGUCAGAAUGGUAAUGGUAACAAUGGGAAAGAGCAACAACAACAAAGAUCACAAAAUAGAAUCAUCUCGAAGAAUGUGAGGGCUCAUGUUAAGGAAGGUAAGCGGUGUUUGAAUUGUUUUACUUUUUUACUAAAAAUAGCAAGGACUUUUUUUACAGAUUAGAAGUUUUGCUCGGAAGGCUUCAAAUAGCAAAAACUUUCUUUACAAAACAUAAAUUUUUAUUUUGCAGAUAUUGCACUGCCAAGCAUAGGCAAAGCCGACUCCACAGUAUACCUGAAGAAGGGCGACCCAAUCUUGAUAGUGCAUUCAGUCAACGGCGGAGUCUAUAUUCGAACAGCGACCGGUCAGAUUGCAGAUGCGGCUAAUACGUCCUAUGCCAACGACGAACAAGUCAUUGACCUGGAUUAA